AUGCGAGACCGGAUCCUCAAAGACAAGUCUGAAAAGGCGCAGAAAGUGUUUAUCGACUCGAUCGAUACGCAAGCGGUGCUUAGUCUAGCCUCGUCAUACCACAACGAUGAACCCUGCCAAGUCUUCCGCGCCCCUGCCAAUGGGAGCUUUAACGUCUGUUUUUUUGUCGCCUUUGCCCAAGACAAAUGGGUCGUGCGGUUCCCGAUUCCAGGCAACGUUCCGUGGAUCGACGAGAAGAUUGAAGUCGAGGUCGCUACCAUGAAGUAA